AUAAUUCCACCCCGAAAAAGGAAAAGUUCAGAGAAAUUAUUUAAAGCUAAUAAUUACCAAUGCCUGUUGUUACCGUAUAUAAUUAUACAAUCUUUUCUUUUAACUCUUUCUGAGCUUAAGAAACCACCGAAGCAAAACAAUUAAGCAAAACUGUCUCAAGGUAGGCAAAAAUAAACCCGCAGCAGCAAAUCUGUGGCAGCUCGAUUGGGAAAGACUGUCAGCGAUAUAGUUUUGCAACCUUUGGUGAAACUGUGUUGACAGCUUCUGUAAAUAUUAGGACACUGUGUCUUUUGUCAUCAUUUACUUCCAGAAUUGCUCUUUCAUUUGUUUCAAGCUGUCUCCUUUUUUAUCCUUUUUUUUCUCUAACACAGUUUUUAGAAACCUUUGAAGUAUAUUUGAAAUUUUCAGUGACACAGACCAAAAGAGCGAGAGGAGAACUGUUUUUAAUGUCACUCUGUUGUUGCAUGAGUCACAUGUUUGUGUUCACUUUUGUGUUUUUUCUUUUUUUUGUUAUAUGUUGUGUUUUUUGUCCCUUCUGCUGCCCUCUAAAUGUAACUCAACAUGACUUUAAAUGAGAUUCAGCCUCAAAGAUUUCUUGGAGUAAAUAACUCUGGGCUCACCGAGGCGCCGAUGUUCAGUGUUCAUACUGCACCACUAGACCACGCCCCCUCAGCUCAGCAUGUAAAGCUGAGCAUCACAGUGAGUUUCACUGUAUUCAACAUCUGAUCAAAGAGAGGAAGAAGAAAUGUUCUGCCUGAAGAAUUUCACUGUUGUCCUCUCAUGUGUGCUCCUCUUCAUCAUCCAGCCAGGUCGUGGUUCUGAGAUUAUUAAUGGGAAAGAAGUUGUGCCACACUCACUGCCUUAUAUGGCUUAUGUGACAAGUCCAAAUUCUUUCUGUGGAGGGACAUUAAUCCAUCCACAGUGGGUCCUGACAGCUGCCCACUGCACUGGUAUUAAUAAGGUGACUUUGGGAGCACACUCCAUCAAGAAACAGGAAGAAAAUUCUAAACAGAUCCGAGAGGUUGUGACACACGUUCCUCAUCCCAACUUUACCAGUGUAGAUCUGGGCAACGACCUCAUGUUGCUCAAGCUUAACAAACCAGCAAAGAAAACCGGGGCAGUCAAAUGGCUCAAGUUACGCAAAGCCAGAGACCCGGCAGCUGGCAGCACGUGUCUGGUGGCUGGAUGGGGAGUAACUGAAAACAACCGAACAUCAGACGUCCUCAUGUCUGUCAAUGUGACUGUGGUGGACAGACAGACGUGCAACUCUUGUGAUUAUUACAACCACAGACCUGAGAUCACCAGAGACAUGAUAUGUGCUGGUUCAGAUGGUACAAACGUCGCUGAUACCUGUCAGGGGGAUUCAGGAGGGCCGCUGUUGUGUGAUGGAGCGCUGGUUGGAGUCACUUCUUUUGGAGCAGGUUGUGGUGUCAUUAAAAAACCUGGAGUCUACUCAUUUGUCUCAAGGAAACAGCUACAGUGGAUCAAGGAAACAUUAAAGUCAGCUUAAAUGUCAUGAAAGCACAGGCGUUAAUCUCUACGAGCAAGAUGAGAAUCUUUGAUGCUUUUAUGUUAAAUCUCUCGGUGAUGUCUCUGUAGAUCAUUAUCCAUUUUAUCAUUUCUCAUAUUUUAGUUUCUGCUAGCUUGCUCACAUUCUGCACAUGUAUGGUAGCGGUCCUGUCAUGGUCAGUGGUUUCCACUGCAGGAACUGAAGGCAACGACAUUACCUGGACUGACCUGAACACGUUUUUUAGCCAUUCAGUAUUAAGAAAGGCACAGCCACUGUGAUGGUUUAUGGAUGACUGUUUUUCAUUUUAGCUGUUGUAAUUACACGUGUAUACACAACCCUGUAUAAAUGUGAUGACCUCGAAAAGAUCAUGACAGCUCCAAAAGCAAUCUUCACAUUUCUACAGGGGAAAAUAAGCUUUUUUACUCUCCAAUUUACUGAUUUGUGAAAAGAUGUUAUUUUCACUCGAAUUUUAAUUUUUAAUUUCUCUUUUUCAAUUAUUUUUAAUGUUUACACGAAAUCCAUGAACAUCAAACAAAGUGAGUUUAUUCAGUCUGUCAGUCAUGGUUUGUCACCAUCUCCUGUGUUAGAAACUAAAAAUUGUGGCCAGAAUUUUUUUAUGCUGAAUUUUUAAGCAUACGUUCUUGUGUAUUUUAUUGCUCCUGGAGUAUUUGUGCUAAAAAAAACAAACAAACAAACAAACAAUCCUAAAACAAUGAUUUGUUCUGACACAUUUUCUAUUCUUUCUACUUUCUAAUAAAGCUGGUGGCUCUUUCUUUCA